AAAAAAAUGAUGAAGGACAUGGAAAGUUCGCCGAGCAUCGGAAGUGGGAACGUGCCGAAGCCGCCCAUCACUCUGCGGUUGAUCGUUCCGGCGUCCCAGUGCGGCUCCCUCAUCGGGAAGGGCGGCUCCAAGAUCAAGGAGAUCCGGGAAGUGACGGGCGCCUCCAUCCAGGUCGCCUCUGAAAUGCUGCCCAACUCAACGGAGCGGGCCGUGACCGUGUCUGGGGCGUCCGAGGCCAUCGAGCUUUGCAUCCAGCACAUUUGCGCCAUUAUGAUCGAGAGUCCGCCAAAGGGUGCCACCAUCCCCUACCGUCCCAAACCUUGUACCUCUACCACGAAUACUGGUCCCAGCAUGCUCAUGACAGCCGGCGCAGUCCCCGCUUUGCAAGGCAACCUUGCCGGCAUCACCACUCCUGCUGACGUUGGCAAGUUGCUCAGCCUCGGAUUGGGGACCAGCCUCGGAUUGACGCAAGCUGAUUGGCGAAUGACGGGUUUGAUGGAUAUUGCAGCGAAUUUGGGCACCCUGAACAGCUUCCGACCACAGGACCACAAUAGAGGCAGCGCAAAUCAGCAGACGCAUGAGAUGACUGUGCCGAAUGAGCUGAUUGGAUGCAUCAUCGGCAAGGGUGGCAGCAAAAUUUCUGAAAUCAGACAACUGAGUGGAGCAAUGAUUCGCAUCUCCAACUGCGAGGAUGUGGAAGGUGGGAAAACUGACAGGACCAUCAUCAUAUCCGGAAGUGGUGACGCAGUCGCCCUUGCCCAGUAUCUCAUCAAUGCCAGCAUUGACCUCCAAAAAGCCCAGACCGGUCCCCAACCCGACGGCUGCUCCUCCUCUUCUUCCACCGAAACCACCACCGGUGCCACGAGCACCACCGCGACCACCGGCAGUGGUUCGGAUGCCAGCGCCGAGCCCAAGCCCGGCUUGUCCUCUUUGCCCGUGUCCCUCACCAAGGUGCUGGGAUCCAGUCCCACUCUGCUGGCAACCCUGCUCAACUUGGGCUCUGCUCCAUCCGGUGCCAAUGUGCUCGCCAAUGCCCUGUCUGUUGCCCUGCUCAGCUGCAUCCGAAGGGGACCAUAUGGUGCUGGUGGUGGUGGUGGUGGCCGGGACUCGUACCGUGGCAACCCGAGCAACCGCUUGCAUAGAAAUGAGCGGAAUCGACUCAACCCUUACUAG